GCUCCGACUGGGUGACCAGCUACCUCCUGAUGUUCAGCGAUGGCGGGAGGAACUGGAAGCAAUAUCGACGAGAGGAAAGCAUCUGGAUCAUUUGAAACACAGUUGUCCAGAGUGGAAGCAGAAUUGUUAAGAAGAGAAGCUCCUCCCUCUUAUGGACAAUUGAUUGCUCAGGGUUUAAUUCCACCAGUUGAAGAUUUUCCUGUUUGUCCACCUAAUCAGGCUUCUGUUUUGGAAAACCUGAGGCUAGCUGUACGGUCUCAGCUUGGAUUUACUUCAAUCAGACUUCCUAUGGCAGGCAGAUCCAGCAACAUCUGGAAUCGUAUUUUUAAUUUUGCAAGAUCACGCCAUUCAGGGUCAUUGGCUCUGGUCUCAGCAGAUGGGGAUGAGGUUGCCCCUAGUCAGAGUACCAACAGAGAACCUGAAAGAAAUCAUACUCACAGAAGUUUGUUUUCUGUGGAAUCUGACGACACAGACACAGAAAAUGAGAGAAGAGAUACGGUAGGAGCAUCUGGCGGGGUUGCAGCUCCUUUGCCUCAAAAAAUCCCUCCCACAACAGCGGUAGAAGCAAGAGUGGGAGCAAGUGGAAGUUCCUCCACUCAGAAUACCCGAGGUGGUCACACAGAAACCGGACGGGAUGUGACAAGUGAGGAACCCCCAAGUGUGAGUCCGGCGCGUCACCAGCUCACAAGUGCGCUAAGUCGUAUGACUCAGGGGCUACGUUGGGUACGUUUUACAUUAGGGCGAUCAAGCUCCGUAAGUCAGAACCAGAGCCCUUUGAGACAACUUGAUAAUGAGGUAAAUGGAAGAGAAGAAGAUGAUGAUGUCGAAAUGCUGAUUCCAGUUUCUGAAGGAGCUUCAGACUUGGACGCGAAUGACUGUUCCAGACCUCUUCUUGAUCUUGCCUCCGAUCAAGGGCAAAGGUUCAGACAACCAUAUAGUGCAGCAGACCCUGGAGUAAGACCAAGUAAUCGCGAUGGCCCCUGUGAGCGCUGCGGUAUUGUCCACACUGCCCAGAUACCAGACUCUUGCUUAGAAGCAAUGCUGAAAAAUGAAACGAGUGAUGAUGAAGCUUUGUUACUUUGUUAGGUACAAGAAUCCCGUCAGGGAGACUGGAUACAAGUU